CCCCGCGCCGAGCCUGGGGCUGCGUGGCCGCGGGGAAUGUUGGGUUCUGUGACUUGCCCCGCAGAGCCUCUCUAGGCACCGCGCUCCCUCAUGCCUUCUCUUGUUCUUUUGUUUGUUUGUUUGUUUGUUUGUUUUUGUUUUUCCCAGGUUAUUGCCUUCCUUUUGCAGCCCCACCCCCAAGUCCCGACCUGCAGCCUGGGGCGCUGGUGCUUCCCGGUGGCUGGGGGUGCUCUGCCCCCGCCCUGUCGCGUGGGGCUGAGGCGCGCGCUUGCGCGGGGUCGGGGGAACGCGCGUGCCAGGCGAGCAGGCUGGAGAAGGGGGAGGCGAGAGGAGAGGAGAGGAGAGAGGGAGAAGAGCGGCGAGCUGGGGAGGAGCGGGGUGGGGACGACGGAGAGGGGACAGCGCCCUGGUGCCGACCGGGAGCAGAGCUGGGCGGGGAGCCCGAGCGCGAGCCCGGCCCCGAGAGGCGGCCGCCCGCCGGGUCCGCCCGACACGAUGCGGCUGCGGCUGCUCUGCGUCCUGCUCGCCGCCGCGGCCUCAGGAGCUCGGGGCUGGGGCUACUACGGCUGCGACGAGGAGCUGGUGGGGCCCCUGUAUGCGCGCUCCCUGGGCUCCUCCUCCUACUACGGGCUCUUCACCACCGCCCGCUUCGCCAGGCUGCACGGCAUAAGUGGGUGGUCACCCCGCAUCGGGGACCCGAACCCCUGGCUGCAGAUCGACUUAAUGAAGAAGCAUAGGAUCCGUGCCGUGGCCACGCAGGGCUCCUUUAAUUCUUGGGACUGGGUCACACGCUACAUGCUGCUCUACGGCGACCGUGUGGACAGCUGGACACCAUUCUACCAGCAAGGGCACAACGCGACCUUCUUUGGCAACGUGAACGAGUCCGCCGUGGUGCGCCACGACCUGCACUACCACUUCACGGCCCGCUACGUGCGCAUUGUGCCCCUGGCCUGGAACCCACGCGGCAAGAUUGGCCUGCGGCUCGGGCUCUACGGCUGCCCCUACAAGUCCGACAUCCUCUACUUCGAUGGCGACGACGCCAUCUCCUACCGCUUCCCGCGAGGGGUCAGCCGCAGCCUGUGGGACGUGAUCGCGUUCAGCUUCAAGACGGAGGAAAAGGACGGGCUCCUGGUGCACGCUGAGGGCGCCCAGGGUGACUACGUGACCCUGGAGCUGCAGGGCGCACACCUGCUGCUGCACAUGAGCCUGGGCAGCAGCCCCAUCCAGCCCAGGCCUGGCCACACCACCGUGAGUGCGGGCGGCGUCCUCAACGACCAGCACUGGCACUACGUGCGCCUGGACCGCUACGGGCGCGAGGCCAACCUCACCCUGGAUGGCUACGUGCAGCGCUUCGUGCUCAAUGGCGACUUUGAGCGGCUGAACCUGGACACGGAGAUGUUCAUCGGGGGGCUGGUGGGUGCUGCGCAGAAGAACCUUGCCUACCGGCACAACUUCCGGGGCUGCAUUGAGAACGUCAUUUUCAAUCGUGUCAACAUCGCCGACCUGGCCGUGCGGCGCCACUCCCGGAUCACCUUCGAGGGCAAGGUGGCUUUCCGGUGCCUGGACCCGGUCCCGCACCCCAUCAACUUCGGGGGGCCGCACAACUUCGUGCAGGUGCCCGGCUUCCCGCGCCGCGGCCGCCUGGCCGUGUCCUUCCGCUUCCGCACCUGGGACCUCACGGGGCUGCUGCUGUUCUCCAGCCUGGGCGACGGGCUGGGCCACGUGGAGCUGAUGCUCAGCGAGGGCCAGGUCAACGUGUCCAUCGCGCAGGCCGGCCGCAAGCGCCUGCAGUUCGCGGCCGGGUACCGCCUGAAUGACGGCUUUUGGCACGAGGUGAAUUUUGUGGCCCAGGAGAACCACGCGGUCAUCAGCAUCGACGACGUGGAGGGGGCCGAAGUCCGAGUGUCGGCCCCGCUGCUCAUGCGCACUGGGACCUCCUACUUCUUUGGGGGUUGUCCCAAGCCAGCCAGCCAGUGGGGCUGCCACUCCAACCAGACGGCCUUCCACGGCUGCAUGGAGCUGCUCAAGGUGGACGGCCAGCUGGUCAACCUCACGCUGGUGGAGUUCCGGCGGCUGGGACACUACGCCGAGGUCCUCUUCGACACAUGUGGCAUCACGGACAGGUGCAGUCCUAACAUGUGUGAGCACGAUGGCCGCUGCUACCAGUCAUGGGACGACUUCAUCUGCUACUGCGAGCUCACUGGCUACAAGGGCGAGACCUGCCACCAGCCGCUCUAUAAGGAGUCCUGUGAGGCCUAUCGGCUCAGCGGGAAAACUUCUGGCAACUUCACCAUCGACCCCGACGGCAGUGGCCCCCUGAAGCCAUUUGUGGUGUACUGUGACAUCCGGGAGAACCGUGCGUGGACGGUGGUGCGGCACGACAGGCUGUGGACGACGCGCGUGUCGGGCUCCAGCAUGGAGCGGCCCUUCCUGGCGGCCGUGCAGUACUGGAACGCGUCCUGGGAGGAGGUGGGCGCCCUGGCCAACGCCUCUCAGCACUGCCAGCAGUGGAUUGAGUUCUCCUGCUACAACUCCCGGCUGCUGAACACCGCAGGUGGCUACCCCUACAGCUUCUGGAUCGGCCGCCACGAGGAGCAGCACUUCUACUGGGGCGGCUCCCAGCCCGGCAUCCAGCGCUGCGCCUGCGGCCUGGACCACAGCUGCGUGGACCCCGCGCUGCACUGCAAUUGCGACGCCGACCAGCCCCAGUGGAGGACCGACAAGGGGCUGCUGACCUUCGUGGACCACCUGCCCGUCACCCAGGUGGUGGUGGGCGACACCAACCGCUCCAACUCCGAGGCCCAGUUCUUCCUGAGGCCGCUGCGCUGCUACGGAGAUCGAAACUCCUGGAACACCAUCUCCUUCCACACCGGGGCAGCGCUGCGCUUCCCGCCUAUCCGUGCCAACCACAGCCUGGACGUGUCCUUCUACUUCCGCACCUCGGCGCCCUCCGGCGUCUUCCUGGAGAACCAAGGCGGCCGCUACUGCCAGUGGCGCCGGCCAUACCUGCGUGUGGAGCUCAACACAUCCCGGGACGUGGUCUUCGCCUUCGACGUGGGGAACGGGGACGAGAACCUGACGGUCCACUCGGAGGACUUUGAGCUGAAUGACGACGAGUGGCACCUGGUGCGGGCCGAGAUCAACGUGAAGCAGGCGCGGCUGCGCGUGGACCACCGGCCGUGGGUGGUACGGCCCAUGCCCCCGCAGACCUACAUCUGGCUGGAGUAUGACCAGCCCCUCUACGUGGGCUCUGCGGAGCUCAAGCGGCGCCCCUUUGUGGGCUGCCUGAGGGCCAUGCGUCUGAAUGGGGUGACGCUGAACCUGGAGGGCCGGGCCAAUGCCUCCGAGGGGACGUCCCCCAACUGCACAGGCCGCUGUGCCCACCCGCGCUUCCCCUGCUCCCACGGAGGCCGCUGCGUGGAGCGCUACAGCUAUUACACGUGCGACUGCGACCUCACGGCCUUCGACGGGCCCUACUGCAACCACGACAUUGGCGGCUUCUUCGAGCCAGGCACCUGGAUGCGCUAUAACCUGCAAUCUGCCCUGCGCUCGGCCGCGCGUGAGUUCUCCCACAUGCUGAGCCGGCCAGUGCCCGGCUAUGAGCCCGGCUAUGUCCCCGGCUACGAUACCCCUGGCUAUGUGCCUGGCUACCAUGGCCCUGGCUACCGCCUGCCAGACUACCCGCGGCCUGGGCGGCCGGUGCCCGGGUACCGGGGCCCCGUGUACAACGUCACGGGGGAGGAGGUCUCCUUCAGCUUCAGCACCAGCUCGGCGCCUGCGGUCCUGCUGUACGUCAGCUCCUUCGUGCGUGACUACAUGGCGGUGCUCAUCAAGGAGGAUGGGACCCUGCAGCUGCGAUACCAGCUGGGUACUAGCCCCUACGUGUACCCGCUGACCACCCGGCCGGUGACCGACGGCCAGCCGCACAGUGUCAACAUUACCCGGGUCUACCGCAACCUCUUCAUCCAGGUGGACUACUUCCCACUGACGGAGCAGAAGUUCUCGCUGCUGGUGGACAGCCAGCUGGACUCACCCAAGGCCUUGUACCUGGGGCGCGUGAUGGAGACGGGCAUCAUCGACCCCGAGAUCCAGCGCUACAACAGCCCGGGCUUCUCCGGCUGCCUGUCUGGCGUCCGCUUCAACAACGUGGCCCCACUCAAGACCCACUUCCGCAGCCCGCGGCCCAUGACCGCUGAGCUAGCAGAGGCGCUUCGCGUCCAGGGCGAGCUGGCUGAGUCUAACUGUGGUGCCAUGCCCCGCCUGGUGUCCGAGGUGCCUCCUGAGCUCGACCCCUGGUACCUGCCCCCAGACUUCCUGUACUACCACGACGAGGGAUGGGUCGCCAUCCUCCUAGGCUUUCUGGUGGCCUUCCUGCUGCUGGGGCUGGUGGGGAUGCUGGUGCUCUUCUAUCUGCAAAACCAUCGCUACAAGGGCUCCUACCACACCAACGAGCCCAAAGCCACCCACGACUACCAACCGGGAGGCAAAGCGCCCCUGCCUGCCUCGGCCCCGACCCCGGCCCCGGCCCCUGCCUCCGAGCCUGCUCCGGCCCCAGCCCCCGCCCCGGGGCCCCGGGACCAGAACCUGCCCCAGAUCCUGGAGGAGUCCAGGUCGGAAUGACCAGGGGGCUUCGGGGUCCAAGCUCACGUUCUACAGACCCCUGAUGCCCACCUCUCCCCACCUCCCACCCAGAGGGUCCCUGUGCAGGCCUGGUGGGCAGAGCCAGACGGGACCAACGGGGGUGGCCGAGCCUCACUGCCCACACCAGUGCCCCGCGCUCCGCCCUGGGUCCGCGGAGAAGCCCCAGGGCGGUGCUGGGCCCUUCGUGCCAGUCGCCUGCGCCGUCAGCGGGGCACCCGGGCGGGGCUGCGGCCUCCCUGCCUGCAGCCUCUUCGCCCGCGCUCCUCUCCGCAGGGCCCAGGGCUCGUCCGCCCUCCCGGCCCCCUUCGUGUCCACGCGAGGCCGCGAGGCCUCCGCUUAGCACCUUAGCCGCUUCUCGCUUGAGCCAAAGCCAUAAGCGCCGCCGCCCGUCGUGCAUGAGGCGCCCUCCCCGCUGGACGCUGCUGCCCCGCCCGCCGGGGCCCACCGUCUUCGCAUCUGCUUUUUGUUGCAAAGUCUGUCUAGAGAAGCCCUACACAGUACUCUAAUUUUUUAAUUAUGUUUCUAUAUAAAAGCCGCUGGGCGGGCUGCCCGCGCGGGUCUGCCGC